CAUCUCCCCGAGUCCUGCCGCAAUAAAGGCAGAUAGCGGACCAUGGGGAGCAAGGGGGGAACUUUUCGAUGCUGACAUGUUAGGCUAUGACUUUUGACUAACACUUCACUGGGGCCAGGCUCCGGGUGUGAAGGGGGCUCUUUUUCGGGAACGCGCACACGACAAAAAGGGAGACGUCGACUUCUCGAACAAGACGAGACUGAAAGUAUCAGCGGCGGAAAAGUGGACUUGAGCCUUUUUUUACGUUGAAGAUGAGCUUAUUGUCUGCCAUCGACGCUAGCGCCUCCGUGUACCAGCCCGCGCAGCUCCUCAACUGGGUCUACCUCUCCUUGCAAGACCCCCACCACCAGACCAGCGCCUUUGACGCCUUCAGACCCGAACCCAACUCUUCCCACCCGGAUCUCAACUACAGCAAGAGUCCCGCCUCGGCCGACGUGAGCUCGUCCCUCAACUCCAACUAUCUCAACUUCUUUCAGCUGCAACGGAACGAGGCCUUAAACAACAACCUCUAUAAGAAUGUAUCGCCCUAUGGCUCCCUCAAUAACAUCGUGGACGGACUCAACUCCCUGACGGACCACUUCUCAGACCUUUCCCUGUCAUCGGAACCAAGAAAGCCCAACAAGAGACCGCCGCCCAAUUACCUGUGCCACCUGUGCUUCAACAAGGGUCAUUACAUCAAAGACUGCCCUCAGGCACGUCCCAAGGGGGAAGGCCUGACCCCCUACCAGGGCAAGAAGCGAUGCUUCGGCGAGUACAAGUGUCCCAAGUGUAAGAGGAAGUGGAUGAGCGGCAACUCCUGGGCCAACAUGGGACAAGAAUGUAUCAAGUGCCACAUCAACGUCUACCCACACAAGCAGCGCCCGUUGGAGAAACCGGACGGCUUGGACGUAUCGGACCAGAGUAAAGAGCACCCCCAGCACCUGUGUGAGAAAUGUAAAGUCCUGGGUUACUACUGCCGCCGUGUGCAAUAGAGCCAUCCGAGCCGCGUCACGGGGAACCAUCACAGAACCAAGCGGAGGAGGACGUUUGGGCAGGAGAGCCCGCACAUGCAUCUUCUCAUUGGGCUCACGUUCCGGUCAUACGUUACCUCACUUUGGGGUUUGUCACCUUCAGUGUUUACAAAGUUCCGCCUUCCUUUUCCCUGCCAAGUGAAGCGCGUGGUCACCGCGCGCGCCAUCGCCGCAUUUAGGGUCAUCAGCACAUCUUUAUCCUUAUUAACUGUGAAUGAAGCGGGGAUAUUGUGGAUAUUGUGCCGUACGUCCCCAAGCUUACCUUUGGCCUAUUUAUUAUUCUUGUCUCGUGUGCAAUGUGAGUAUGACAUAAAGUAAUAGAUAUGUAUAUUUUUUGUAUGCCGCCGUGUUGCUUUAGAAACUACUGUAGGUUCAGUGGCUAGUUCCCUCGUCAAGUAUUUUCUAACAAAUGUAUCUUUGGUGCAAAGAUGGCCAUACUGUACGUGACGUGCGUGAGAGGUUCAGGAAGUCGUGUUUUGGUGCGCGAUCAUUCUCUAACCGUGAAAGAUUAUAAUGAACGUUUCAGUUGCGGGCGCAGCGGCAGCGUGUUGGAACGUGCAGAAGGCAAAGAAAGUGCAGCAAUUUGAAGAUGGGUGACGUUAAAAUAUCAGGGGCAUACUGUACUUCAUAGGGAAAAAGGAGCCAAAUGAUGAGGGAACAUUUGGGAAAUAUAAAAACCAAAUGGUAGAAAUUGGACAAUAAAGUCAUCAUGACGCGGGAAUAAAGUCAGAAUAUUUGGACAAUUUUAUCGUUCUUUACAAGAUAAAUCUUAUCUUGGAAGAGGGAGGGUGUUGCAAGAAAAGUUUAAAGUUAUCUUUUGACAAAAAUAGCAAAAUAGGAGCAUCAAGUCACAUUUUUUUAAAUAAAAAAAAAACACAAGAACAAAGAACCUAAACAAAAGUCAGGAGAGUUAAACGCUAAAAUAUUUUUUCUCUUGCAUAAAUAGACUUUAUUUUGGUGAACUGCUUUUUGGUGGCGUUUUUCCUGAUGUUAUUCCAGCUUGACUCUGCUAAUAUGUCAACGUUUUUCACUUGACCUUUAUUCUCCUUUUAGUGUAAUGUUUAUCUGAAUAAUACGAUGGAUCCCACAUUGACCCCGAUCAACAUUUAGGGCAGAAUUUCGGUCCAAAAUUUUUUGAAUUAAUUAUAACUAUUAUAUAACUAUUAUAUAACUAACUAUACAUUUUCUACUUGAUGCCAGGCUUAAACCUGGACUGUGGCAUGAAGGAAAAACGGCAAUUGAAAAGAGAAGGGUUUGGUUCUGGAGUAGAAUCCAAUGUAAUAAAUACUACAGCCACUUUUAUUGCAAAUGUUGACCAGAAACCAGAGAGGAACAUCAAUGUAAAAUGUAAAAUGAGAACUUUAUUCUUGUCCAUUUUUGUCUUUUUCCUUGUAAUUGUAUGACUUCAGUCACAAAGUAGUAUCAUUUUCUUUGAGGUGUGGCCUUAAUACCGGGAGGACUUAUGGAACGUGAUGUUGUUGUUUUGUUUCAUAUUGUCAACCUCACGUGCAUCACGGUGUCAAGCAAAUAGACGAUAUAUAUAGACACACAUUAUAUAUGCAAUGUUUGCCUGCCUUGGGAUUGUUGUCAUAGCAACUAUUUUCACACGCCAGUCAACUAUUUUUCUAUUGUGAUCGAUUCUACGUGCCUUUGGAUGAGCUCACAGACGAAGGAAAAAAUGUUCCAAAAUGGUUGAGUUUGUGUGUGAGUCACUAGUAACAUCAUUUAUCGCCUGACGUUAAGGUCCAUCCUUAAAGUAGCAGUUUUUCGUGCUCCAGGGCUCCCCCUACAGCUACCAAGUGCAAUUGAAGGACUGAUCGUGAUUGGGAACAACUCACAUUGUUUCUUCUUCUGUUCACGUUGUGUGCCAGCGAUGCCUUGCUGUUGUCCACCUAGCGUGUUUUGUCCUUUAACAUCCUUUCAAAACACACAAAGCCGCCCGACGACAGUGUCUGUGGCACAUUUGCAGCAAAUGGGGGCCGUUCACAUACUUUUUUUUGGGGGGGGGGGUCUUGAAUUACAUAUACUUGACUUUUGUAUUAGCUGUGUAUUUUGCAAAAAAGACAAAAAAGGUAGAAAUUUUAUAGCAAACUGCAAACUCUGCAAAAGUAUAUUUACAAAUGAAUGACUGUUUAUGUAUAUAUUUGAUAGCCAUCAUUAAAAAAAAAUAUAUUAGCUGAGUUAUGCAAUAUUAUACAGCUUGUGUGUGAAGAAGGGCUUAUUCCUGAGAAAUAAACCUAGCUGGGAGUUUCUUAUAACUUUGUUUUACAAUAAUCUGGAGGAUUAUCCUUGCAGGAGUAUUUAUAGAUUUGUUUUUUUACAAUUAUUAUUUUGUAUAGAAUAUGCAAACACUACAAGGAAAUACUGAUGUAGAAUAUUAUGAAGGAAAAAAGCUGGUACAUAAUUAAUCUUUUGUCAGUUGUAAGCCAUUGUAUUGAUUGUACUUUGUGAUAUAUAACCUGCAGUGUUACUAACUCCGAGGCAUGUAAUCAUGUUGAACUAUGAAGAUGAUAUUGUGUAAACAUGCAGAAUGUCUCCUCGCCACUGUAUGAGCAGUUCAAACUGUGACAUGAUGUAUUAUGGGAUGUUAUCUUUUAGCUAUGACUGACAAAGAACUAGCUGACAGUUUGCAUGAGCUUGGUUUCCGAUGAAGUAUUAUUUUGUGCAAUGUUACACAGUAGUAUUAUUUAAAUACUGCCCCGUCCACACGGAAACAGCGUUCCAGAGGUAACCCUAGACCUGCAUUUUAAAAAUCUACCAGCGGUGCUUUGUCAUCGCCAACGUCGCCGCCAUAUUGGAUGUUCAAUCACAAUCACAUUGUACAUAAACAAUUUCAUUGUUUUUGGUGCCUACCUGUUUCCAAAGUAUACUAGUUCGUGUGUGAACGUAUAAACGAGAAGAAUUCAGUCAAGUUUCUUUGUAGAAAGGCGCUUUACGAAAGAAAGUUUACUUGUAUUCAUUGCCUGCGAGGACUAGCUAAACACUUAUUUUGUUAGCUCCAUGACGUGCCGCGCCUUCGCCGUCACGUGACCAGAAAUGACUGGUCUGUACCACUAAAGAGGUGUAAUAUUAAUACUUCGCCUGUAACUCCCCAUUCGACAUUAUCCUGAUACUUUUUGUCUUAUACUACUUCGCUGAAGUAAUUCUACUUCGUCGUCAAUUCGGCUUCAAUGGACAUGGAUUUUAAUAUCGUAAAAACAAAAAAACACUCACAACCCGGAAGCGUUCCCGUGUGGACUAGGCCAUUUUGUGAUCAUGAACAUUUACAGCCAAGCCUCGUUGAAUAAUUACUGAAUGUAUGUGGUGUGUUAACAAAUCAAAUGUGUUACGCAACAUUGUAAGACAUUUUUAUAUGUACAGGAAAAAAAAACACAUGGGGGAGAAGUGGGGGUUCUGCAAAAAGGAGGACACUAGUGGGUGUGUGCGUCUGUUUUCAUGUCCAUGAAAUGGCAUUCCAAAAUGUGCCUUAUUUUGUUAGUUAGGAAAACAUGUUAGUGCCGUCGAGUUUGAAUAAAAGUCGUACUGAAAGUUGCUUUAUUUCCUUUCUUGGUGUUUCUUUUCCUGGUCGGUCUCGUC